UUGGUUUCAAAACAAAAGUGGAAAUUUAUGCGAUAUUUACGUAUUCCCUCUCAAAUGAGGCAAUAGCGGAUCCUCAUCGGAAUUGAUGUGGAUUUUUUUUACAAUUGGUGGGAUCGAUAUAUUUUAUCAAUUUUUCUUCCAGAUUUGGUGUUUAAAAAUAGCUGUAGCAUAUGCUGAUUUUUACACAUUCGUGCGAAAAUAUAUUUUAUUGUUUUUUAAUUUCAUUUUUGGUUUUACACAGUAAAUCCAUUGUAUCACUCGUGAAUCUGACUCAUGAAAUAUGAAACAUGAACAGAAACUUUUGAAGAUCCCACCGAUUUAUCGAUAUCCUGGUUCUAAUAGGGCGAUUUAGCAAAAUUGUAAAAAAUCUGAAGAUUCAAAUUUGCCCGGACCUCCCGCCACAAGGAGCAUUCAGCUCAUUUCCUCAUUUUCCCCGCAUUUUACCUGUCAACGAACAAAAGACUUCUCGGAUUUUACAAAAAAAUGUCUCAAUAUGGGGAGAAAUCCAAUUAAAAAAAAGUGGUGAAAAUGUUUAAUUAAAUUCUCGAGGAUCAGUCUCAAAAUUGUGAUAAACAUGGCCAACAGGGAUCACAGCAUCUCCAAAGCUCGUGUCACUGCAGAUGAACACAGUGUCGAGUCACUGGCUGAAGUAUUUAGAUGCUUCAUUUGCAUGGAAAAGUUGCGAGAUGCACAUUUGUGUCCUCACUGCAGUAAAUUGUGCUGCUACACAUGCAUUAGAAGAUGGUUAACAGAACAGAGAUCUCAGUGUCCACACUGUCGUGCCUCUUUGCAUUUGCACGAGUUGGUAAAUUGUCGGUGGGUGGAGGAGGUUACGCAGCAGUUGGAUACACUCCAAGCCACUGGAUUAACGAAUUCAAGAUUCGAUGAGUCACGAGACAGGUGUUCAGUGCACUCAGAAAAAUUAUCAGUUUAUUGCUGGACCUGCGGCAGAUGUAUCUGUCAUCAAUGUGCCCUCUGGGGAGGCACACACUCCGGCCACACUUUCAAACCUCUUGAGGAGGUCUACGAACAACAUGUAACACAAAUCAGUGGAGAAGUCCGUCAGUUAAAAAGACGACUCAUGGAACUCAUCAGUUUAGUUCAAGAAGUGGAACGCAACGUAGAGUGCGUACGAGCCGCGAAAGACGAACGAGUCCGUGAAAUAAGGAAUGCAGUUGAACUCAUGAUAGCUCGCCUAGACUCUCAGCUCAAGGCCAAACUCCUGACCCUUAUGGGCCAGAAAAACUCAUUAACAUUAGAAUCGGAGCAGCUCGAGGCUCUCCUCCAAGAGAUUGAGCAUCAACUGCACACUUGUACAAGGUCUCAGCUCAUACUCAAAAGCGCCGAAUUAUCUAGGAUGAUUCAUCAGGUCAGAAAGAAGCCAAUGACCAGUUUUGUAACCGCUCCCGUGCCAGCUGACUUCCACAGUGAAAUUGUCCCUGGUUAUGAUUCAGCGACAUUUAUUAUGCAAAAUUUUACGCAAUUGCAAUUGAAAGCAGAUCCCGUUUAUUCAGCUCCAGUUCAUGUAAACGGCCUAUGCUGGAGGCUUAAGGUUUAUCCAGAUGGCAACGGCGUUGUCAGGGGAAAUUAUCUCUCGGUUUUCCUGGAGCUCAGCGCUGGACUUCCCGAAACUUCAAAAUACGAAUAUAGAGUGGAAAUGAUUCAUCAAGGCUCUCGAGAUACUUCCAAGAACAUUGUACGUGAAUUCGCAUCAGAUUUCGAGAUAGGGGAAUGCUGGGGUUACAAUAGAUUUUUCAGGCUCGAUCUUCUUGCCACUGAGGGAUAUUUAAACACUGAUCUCGAUACUCUAAUUCUGAGAUUCCAAGUUCGGCCUCCGACCUUUUAUCAGCGCUGCAGAGAUCAGCAGUGGUACAUAAGUCAAUUAGUUACUGUACAGAAUACGUAUGCAACGCAGAUCAACGAAUUAAAAGAGAGAUUGGCAAUUGAAAUAUCUCGAAAUACAGUAGCCGCUACUCGAGGAGCAGGUGUUACCAGCUCAUGCCACCAGCAGCCGAAUCAGGAGGAGGCGGAUAAUGACAGCAAUGAAAUUAUUAACCCGAAUGAGGCGUUUGCCGAGAAUUUCUACAAUCCGCCCAGGCCUAUAGAAAGUGUUAUCAAUGCCGCAAACCAUCCGGAGUUUGCGAGCACCAAUGGGCUAAGGAGGCAAUCCUGCCAGGGAGAUAAUUUAUCCCUUACUUUGCCUAAAAGCUUGACAAUGUGUUCUCCAAAGGCUGACGAUGUUGUUGGUGAGAAUUCACCGACUGUGGGUAAUUCUCCAGCCAAGUCUCAAAGCCGUACCUCUCCAUUAUUCGUCCAGACUUUACGGCCCUUGUCGUCCAGUUCCAGUAGUGAGAGUGGUGUAAGACUAUUAAGUCCCAUUUCAGAAAAUGAAAAAAAUACUCUUGAAAUUAGUGAAAGCGAAAUUUAUCUGGAAGAUUGUGAAAAUGAGGAACUGAAUCUAGGACUAAUUGACGAAAACUUUAACGAUGAGAAUGAUGUCGAUGAGUCAAUGACAGGUGAAAAUGACGUGGAGGUGGCUGAAUCUCUAAAGUCCUGGCGCAAACCUUCCUUAAAAGCUCGCCAUCAGGAUGGUGCGAAGGGUCUUGAUAAAAGAAAAUUUGUGUCUGAUCCCUUGGAAGACGAAAUAAUGCUGUUGCAUCUUUUCGAAAUGCAGGACAGAAACUCCGGCUCAUACCUCUUCUGUUGUAAACAUCAUUCAAAGGGUAAAUUCAAUGAAAUCCACGGUGGACCAUCAUCCCAUCCCUCUUUGACGACGCCUCACAUUCCUGGAGGCCACUGUCCUAAAAUUACCCCCAAGAAUGAUGGAAUAGGAGCCUCGAGCAGUGAGAAACUAUUUGCAGACAAGAAACAUCGAGAUAUGAUAGUCAGGCUCUUUCAGAGUCAUUCAUCCCCUAAUCUCAGGUGCUCUGAUGCUCAAAUGGGUGCUGAAAGUCUUCCUGGAAGCGCUCGAGGGAUUCUCGAAGUCCUCAGGGCUGAAGAUACGAGGACCGAACGCGACUGCGAGGAGGAACUUGGACAUUCCAGUGAAAGGGACAUUAGUCUUUCUGGCCUGGAAAUUACUCCCAAAGAAUUGUGGAUGGAGGGAAAGGAUAAAAAGGGGAUGGAGAACAAGACGCUUAACUUUGAACAGAUUCUGGACAGCUUUCUACUAUGUCCAACACCUCAGACGGAUGCUGCUGUCUGUAUGGCCAAGUUGAGGAGGAAUCUAUGGUUAGAAGAAGGAAGAGACAGCAGUCCCCCAAACUCUAGUAGAACUUUACAUAGUGCAAUUGCUUCAUCCUCAUGUUCGAAAUCUCCAACAGAAUCAGCUACUGAUGUCGUGAACUUCAGCUGGGUCCCACCGCCAUUUCAACGAAAAAACGAACAGAGGAAGAGCAUGAGAGAUAGUCAAGGAGCAACAAAACAAAGUGAAACUGAGAUUUCAAAUGCGUCUGACAAAUUGGAAGAGGAGAAAAAAUGAAUCAUUAUGAAGUUAAAAGUGUGAAAUUUAGAUUGAAAUAAUCAAAUAUUUUUAAUUCUGUCAAUGCACCAAAACAGUAUUUUGUUAAGAAAUUUCGUUGUGAUCUCUUUACUUUAAAAACUUUCAAGUUGGUAUUAUAUAUCAUUUCAGUCAUUAAUAAAAAGGUUAUCCGACGAUAAUCGACGAGGAAUAAAGUUCUAUAUGGUAGAUACAUA